AUGGAUUCCCUAGUAGCAAAAUACAGUACGCCAGCGUACGAGCAAGAAGCGCCUCAAGAAGACCAGAUGGAGCUAUACCAACCAGCUCCAGGCUUGUCUUUGAAAUUCGCCAUGCCUCCUGUCGCACAUCCAUCCGCUUGGCUCCGAGCAGCAACUGACGACCAUGCGAACCCAAACUGUCCAAUUAAGAUCGCGCACGGUACUACAACUUUAGCAUUCAGAUUUCAAGGUGGAAUCAUUGUAGCGACAGAUUCGAGAGCAACGGCAGGUAACUGGAUCGCAAGUCAAACGGUCAAGAAGGUCAUUGAAAUCAAUAAUUGUUUAUUGGGUACAAUGGCCGGUGGUGCUGCUGACUGUCAAUAUUGGCUCGCAUACCUCGGUAUGCAAUGCAGACUUCACGAACUUCGUCACAAACGCCGCAUUUCCGUUGCAGCCGCAUCCAAGAUUCUUGCAAACCUCGUCUACAGAUAUAAAGGGAUGGGCUUAUCCAUGGGAACUAUGUGUGCCGGUGUUACGAAGGAAGAGGGGCCCGCACUUUACUACAUCGAUUCCGACGGAACAAGAUUGAGCGGAAACCUCUUCUGUGUUGGAUCUGGUCAAACAUUUGCAUAUGGUGUGCUAGAUGCUGAAUACUCGUAUGAUUUGAGCGAAGAAGCUGCAUUGGAAUUGGGAAGAAGAAGUAUCUUGGCCGCCACACACAGAGAUGCCUACUCUGGAGGUUUCAUCAAUUUGUACCAUGUUAAGGAAGACGGAUGGGUCAAGCAUGGAUUCAAUGAUACCAACCCAAUAUUCUGGAAGACGAAGUUGGAGAAGGGAGAAUUUUCUAAUGUUACUAGCGAGUUGGUGUAG